GUCUUCUUCACCAUCUUAUGUUCUUUUUGCUUAUGAGACUCAUUCUUAGGAGCCUCUUUUUUAUGGUGACUCAUUGCCACUAAAUUUUAAAAAGAACUUGUUGGCUCUCAUACCGUAAAGGAUUCACAAAAUAAUUUUGUUUUGUAUUUCCUGCUUUGUUAAGACAUAAAUAUAUAUAAGAGAGUUACAUCAAAAUCUCCUAAGAUUGAACUAUACAGAUUGAUUCUCCAAAUAAAACUCCUAAGAUUACAUCUAUACUAAAAAUAAAUUGAUUUACAUGAUCACAUACUAAUAAUAUAAGAUAAUAUGAUAAUUACACGUAAUUCCAAGUAGAUUCUAUUAUCCCAUGUUAUCUCAUCAUGAUAUCAUUAGAAUUACUCAUUUGAAAAUGACAUUCAAAUUAAAAUAUAUACAUAUCUAUUCGUUCAUAUAAAAAGAUUUAAAUUAAAAUAUUUUAAAUUUAAAUUAAAAUUUUAUGUGAUUUUGAUUUGUGGUGUAACUCUAUAUAAAAUACCCAAAACAUUCAUCGAUCAAACCCAAAAAAAAAAUUCUAAAUUUUUUAAAUAUCACCUCUUAAAAUAUGUUAAACUUUUCUUCAUAAUCAUAAUCACCACUAUAUUUUCAUGAGUCACCUCAUCAUUACCCCCACACUAACUGCUACGACCAUCACUCCCACAAACGACACGACAACUAUGUGAAUUUACAUAUUAAGUAAUUUAAUUCUCACUUUAAUCAAUUUAAAAUUAUUUUCUUUGAGUGUGUGUACGUUCCUUGAUUAAUUAAUUAGGGGAUUACGCUAACAAAUGUGCUGCCAUAUAUCCCCUUGCAAUUAGAGGGGAGUGGAAAGAAGCUAAAGCCAUGAUAGACGCAGAUGAAAAGUUGGCUACUUCUGCCAUCUCACAGGGAAGGGCAACACUGCUUCACGUAGCAGCAGAAGCAAAUCAGUUGCACUUCGUAAAGGAGCUUGUGAAACUACUGAGCGAUGAAGACUUGGAACUACAAGAUUGCAAAGGCAACACUGCUUUCUGUUUAGCCGCAGCAUUGGGAAAUGUGAGAAUUGCUAAAGUAAUGGCCCGAAGAAAUAGCAGGUUGCCAACUAUCAGGGGCGGGGAUGGACUCACACCACUUCACAUGGCUGCUUUGCAGGGAAAAAAUAAAAUGGCAUGGCAUCUCUACCAUUAUACCGUUCACAUAUUCAAUGAUGCAGAUUGGGAUGCAUUGUUCUUCUUUUGUCUCAAGACUGAUAUUUACGAUUUAGCUUUGAAGGUGUUACGAGAGAAACCAAGGCUAGCUUUGGCAAGGAAUGAGAACCAGGAGACGGGCUUGCAUGUUUUGGCCCGAAAGCCUUCAUCUUUUAGUUGUCGAGGAAGCCUAGGACAAAGGUUUCUAAAUAUGCUCACGAACUCAGGCAAGAGUCCAACUUUGGCCCUCCAACUUGUCAAGUGUCUCUGGGAGACACUUCUUUCUCUAGAUGGCACAGAGAUGCAGACUAUUAUAAAAGUCAUAAGUGAACCAUCUCACGUAAUAUUUAUUGCCACAGAAGUUGGAAAUUUUGAGGUUUUGGCAGAGCUGGUUAGAUCUUACCCAGAUCUCAUGUGGGAAGUUGAUACCAAAAUCGAAGCAUCAUUCACAUUGCUGUUUUGCACCGCCACGCAGACAUAUUUAAUCUAAUACAUGAAACAAGCUCUAUCAGGAAUUUUGUAGUAACAUUAGAGGAUGAGGAUAAAAACAAUUUACUGCACUAUGCUGCAAAAUUAUCACCAUCGAGCAAACUUAACUUGUUGCCUGGAGCUGUUUUUCAGAUGAACCACGAGUUGCUGUGGUAUGAGGAGGUGAAGAAAAUCAUGCAACCUUGUUUCAUAGAGAUGAGAAAUUCCAAUGGUAAAACUCCUCGAGAAUUAUUCACUGAAGAGCAUUCAGAGUUAGUGACAAAAGCAGAGUCUUGGAUGAAAAGCAGGAUAAAUUCUUGUAUAACUAUUUCAACGGUCACUGCUACACUAGUGUUGACUACAGCAUUCAGCGUUAAGCGUGAGGAAAACCAUGACCCCACCACUACUAAUGACUUCAUCUUAUUAAUUGGAAUUGCAAUGAUAUCUUCAUCCAUCUCCAGUCUGAUUUUCUUGUCUAUCCUUAUGACAUCACGUUAUGGAGAGGAAGAAUUUUUAAAGUCACUGCCGAGGAAGCUAUUGUGGGGACUGCUGACACUAUUUAUCUCCAUAGCAUACUUGAUGACGACAUUUAGCAUUGCCUUCUUCAUCACAACGUACCAAUUACCGGUGCCAAAACCAUUUUUUUCGUGUCCUUUACUAAUCAUAUCAAUAAUGGGAUACCUUCUGUUUCCAUAUGGGCCAUGCAUUGUCAAAAACCCAGGCUAUAGGUCACCCAGUAAAUACAUUUUUUAUACUGGGAAAGCUAAAGGCCGUGUAAACCAUGAUUCUACUAGGUUAAAUAAGUACCUAUCCUACUUCAAAAAUUGUAUCUCUGGCAAAUUCCAAUGAAUGAGGAAAUUAUUGCCACAUACCUGCUUUUCUGCAAUUAGAAAUUCUCAUUUGAAGUUUUGAAGAACUGUACUAGUUUGUCAAGUUUAUUAUGCCUAUCAAAUAGCUUGCAAUGUGUAAUGUAGUAUUGGCUGAAAAAUACAACUUAUAUUAAUUUUCAGCUAACCCAGAGAGAAAUAAACACCAACAAGAUUUAUAUCAA